AUGCGUGACAAACUCUUGCGUGCGCGUGGUCCUACAGGAAACAGGGAUCAGAAUAGUAUUGUCCAUCAUGGCCUCUACCCCAAUAUCAAAGCUUACAUUAUCAGAGUUCACCCAUGGGGAUGGUACAGACAUAUCUCCAUGAGAGUGGAAUUCUAUGGAUGCACAGAAGAUCGUUGUGCUAUGCCACUCGGUUUAGAAGACAAACGCGUGCUAAAUGGUCAUCUCACAGCUUCUACUUACUACAAUCAUCAUCUGUCUCCUUGGCACGGCAGACUAAACAGCCGCUGGUCAUGGAGUGUGCGAACCAGACGAGUAGGAGAAUGGUUUCAAGUGAAUUUUGUAGAGCUUAUGCGCAUAAAAGGCGUGGCCACUCAGGGAAGACAGGAUGCUGCCCAGUGGGUGAGAGCAUAUUCAGUCCGUUACAGCCCAGAUGGAAUGAAUUUUAUACCCUACAAGGAAAACCGUGGUGUCAAGAUCUUCACCGCCAACACAGAUCGGCACUCAAUUGUCUUUCAUCAAUUCAUGAGACCCUUCUCAGCCAUUUAUGUCCGCAUAUAUCCUAAGAGUUGGUACAGCUGGAUUUCCAUGAGAGCAGAGUUUUAUGGCUGUCCAGCAUCUUUGUGUAACCGCGCCUUGGGAAUGCAAAAUGGUCGUAUUCGAAACAACAAGAUCACAGCAUCAUCAGAGAUUAACCGUUUCCAUACUGCCUGGCUUGGUAGACUGGGCCGAGUGAAGACUGGCCGUUAUAUUGGGGCCUGGUGUCCAAAACACAGGAAUCAUCUUCAGUGGUUGAAAGUGGACUUUGGUCGACUGAUGAAAAUAACCAAAAUAGCCACACAAGGGAGGCAGGAUGCUGGUCACUGGGUGACGUCAUACUAUGUGUCAUCUAGCAUAGACAGCGUUCAUUGGGCAAUGUAUCGAUUCAGAAGUUCUAAUAAGCUGUUCCAAGCCAAUCGUGACCAAAACACCAUCGUGAUGAAUGCAAUUAAUCCUUCCAUAAGGUGUCGAUUUUUACGUCUUAAUCCUCGUGGAUGGCAUGGUUGGCCAUGUUUGAGGGCAGAAUUUUAUGGUUGCCCAGUUGAUCGCUGCAAUGUUCCUCUUGGUAUCCAGGACGGUCGCAUUACACGCGCUAUGUUCACCGCCUCGUCCAUGUACAACCACUACUACGGUCCCUGGUGCGCCAGGUUGCAGGCUCGGAAUCAUGGCUCCUUCCGAGGAGGCUGGGUUGCUAAGUACCGUAACACUCACCAGUGGCUACAGAUUGACUUGGGAACAGUGUCCAUUGUGAAACGCAUCGCGACUCAGGCUCGAUAUGACGCAAACCAGUGGGUUACAUCAUACACCGUGUCCUAUAGCAACAAUGGUGUCAGAUUUUUCCCAUACAAGCAGGCAAGAAGAACAAGGCUCUUCCAAGGAAACACCGAAAGAUAUUUUGUUGUGGUGCACAAACUCCGCCCGGCCAUAAAGGCCCGCUAUAUCCGAAUUCAGCCGCGGUCCUGGUAUGGAUACAUUGCCAUGAGGGUAGAGUUGUACGGAUGCAGACUGGGUCACUUGUGCAAUCGGCCAAUGGGACUACAGAACAACAGAUUGAAAAAUCAUCUCAUGACAUCAUCAUCUCGAUGGGACAACUUCCAUGUAUAA